UCCUAUAAUCCGAAUGAAGAGUGCUUACAGUCUGGUCAUCUCUCUCUUCCUCCCUUAUCCCCUUCUCUCUGCAUCAAUAAUCCAUACUUGACACAGAGCUUGGGUCCAAGAAAACUGAUAGCUCCGGUCUUCUUGAUAUCGCGUUUGACUGCGUCGCUUGUUGAUCGGGCAUUGCAACUAUUUCCCCUGCAUGUGUCUCCCGUUACUAUAUAACCUCUAAAAGUCUCCCCUACAGAACGCGCAAUCAGCAUGCUAGGACUAGGCGUGCUAGCACUUCUCCCCUUCGCAGCGGCGAAAGCUCUACGGCCGCGUACGACAGCCUGCAACAACUCCCCGGACCUAUGCUCUAAAUCGUACGGAGAGAUUACUCACUUAGGCGCACAUGACAGCCCUUUUGUGCGAGAUGCAUCGACAGAUUACUCUACCUUUGGAGACCAAUACUACAAUACCACCCUCCAGCUUGACGCUGGUGUCCGUCUUGUCACGGCUCAAGUCCAUAAGUCAAAUUCAGAGUGGCGCCUGUGCCACUCUAGUUGCGAGUAUUUGGAUGCAGGACUACUGAGCACAUGGCUCUCGGAUAUCAAAACGUGGUUGGACUCCAAUCCCAAUGAUGUUGUGACUAUCCUGCUGGUCAAUUCAGACGAUGCAACAGCUUCCGACCUUCAUGCGGAAUUCCAAACCGCUAAUAUCGGCAAUUACACCUAUACUCCUACCUCGCAAACCUCGGCGCCCAGCUCGUGGCCAACAUUGCAAGAAUUGAUCGAUGACGGUACUCGGUUGAUGACAUUUGUGGCCUCUUUGGACGCUUCCAACAACACGGUAGCUCCGUAUCUGAUGGAUGAAUUCACCUUUAUCUGGGAGAACCCUUACGAUGUGCUCUCCUCUUCCAACUUUUCCUGCGAGCCCGACCGCCCCUCAAGCGUCAAGAACGAACUCUCCACUGCAUUGUCUUCCAAUCGCCUACCGUUUAUGAACCACUUCCUUUACCAGGAGACCUUGGAUAUCGAAUACCCCAAUGUCAGCUAUAUCUCCACGACCAAUGCGCCCUCGGGAGGAACAGGAAACCUUGGCGACACGGCGACCAAAUGCAAAAAGGAGUACAACGGCCGCCAGCCAACCUUCAUCCUUGUCGACUUCUUUGACAAGGGCCCUGCCAUCGAUACCGUUGAUAGCUUGAACAAUGUCACCAACGCCACCGGGCGGAAGAAUCUGACGUCCAUCAGCGUAACGAGCUCGGCCUCCACUUACUCCAAUGUCUUUAAGGGCCUGGUCGAAGUUGUGCAGAAAGCCAAAGAUGGGGCAAGCCCUAGUAUGGGUGAGUGGAUCUGGGCUGGCGGGGAUUGGGGAAGUCUGCUAGGUGGCGGGAUCGCUAUCUAAGCUGAACACUACGGCCUUCUUCAUCCCCUUUUCUCU